AUGAGCAAGACGCCCGCCCAAGUGGUGGCCAGGGCAGGUCAACUGGCAUUCUUGCUCCGACUCGAAACCCGCGUCGCAUCCAAACGCAAAGCACCCGUUAAGGCAUUCAGAGAUUGUGUGUCCGCUAGGAUGGGAGACGCCCUCGACCCCGAGGACGAUGACUGUACACAGAGACGUGGACUGGUGGUGACUUCAUUGCUAGUUGACUUGUCGGCUUCGACCCUGGAUGCACUCUGCCGACUCCAAGGUGGCAAGGCAAAUGCACCUGAUGCCGAGUCUGUUGCCGGUCUUGUCUGGUCCCGUCAUCAGCCCCUAGUUGAAGAUGGCUGGAUCAACAACACCAUCACUUGGACUUAUCGCAGAUAUUCUGGACUUACUCAAGAGCCCGCCGCCUUGCUACUGGAUCCCUACACCGUUUGCCAAGUGGUCCCCGUCUUCGAUCACGAAAUGCCACCACAAUUGCACCUUGCUUCCUCGCGACGCGCAACGCCGGUGAACCGCGGCCGUACCGGGUUUCUGCAACAUGAUGUGGAAUUAGUCGGGCGGGAUUAA